AUGUUUAAUAUUAGCAACAAAUAUAUGAAAGUACGCCAAUAUUCAUACAGAGAGACUCCAAUAAUUUUACCAUCUUCAUUAUCAGGACUAGAUCAUUUACGAGAGACACAUAUGAACAAGGGUCAAGCAUUCAGCAUGCAUGAAAGACAAACUUUAAGAAUUCAAGGUCUUUUAGCACCAGGAUUUCGUUCAUUAAGAACACAAUUAAUAUUAACAAAGACAAAUUUUAGUGGUUUUAAGACGAAUUUGGAAAAAUAUUUAUAUUUAAUAGGUGUUGCAGAUCGAAACGAAAGACUUUUUUAUAAUUUUGUUGCUGAAAAUAUUGAAGAUUGUCUACCAAUUGUGUACACACCAACAGUGGGGUUGGCAUGUCUUCGUUAUGGAUUUUUAGCUGCUCGACCUCGAGGUCUUUUCAUUACAAUAUAUGAUAAAGGUCAUAUUAUUCAAAUUCUCGAAAACUGGCCUGACGAGAAUGUUCGAGUUAUUGUUGUAACUGAUGGAGAAAGAAUUUUAGGUUUAGGCGAUUUAGGGUCACAUGGUAUGGGCAUUCCUGUUGGAAAAUUAUCAUUAUACACAGCUUUGGCUGGUGUGUGUCCACAUUUAUGCUUACCAAUUACCUUGGAUGUGGGUACUAAUAAUCAAGAAUUAUUAAACAGCCCUUUUUAUAUAGGGCUUCGACAAAAAAGAGUUGUUGGUCAAGCAUAUGACGAUUUUUUGGAUGAAUUUAUGGCAGCAGUCGUUCAAAGAUUUGGUCGUGAAUGUUUAAUACAGUUCGAAGAUUUUGCACAAAAUAAUGCACUCCGAUUAUUACUAAAAUAUAGAGAUAAUUAUUGUAUGUUUAAUGAUGAUAUACAAGGAACUGCUGCUGUGGUUGCUUCAGGAUUAUAUUCAGCAAUGCGUGUACUGAGAAAACCACUAAAAGACCAAGUAAUACUUUUUCAUGGAGCUGGGUCUGCAGCCUUGGGUAUUGCUCACUUAUUAGUGCAAGCAAUGCAAUCGGAAGGAUUAUCUCAAAGUGAAGCGGAAAAACGUAUAUGGAUGGAUGAUUUAUAUGGUUUACUUGUAAAAUCUCGAACACCAAAACCAAACCCUAGUCAAGAACCUUAUGUAAAAAAUGUUCCACCUACCAAAAGUUUUUUGGAAGCUGUCAAAAUAAUCAAACCAUCAAUUAUAAUUGGAGUAUCAGCACAUAAAGGUGGGUUUACAAAAGAAGUACUUGAAGAAAUGGCUCGAAUUAAUGACAGACCCGUUAUAUUUGCCCUAAGUAAUCCAACGGAUAAAGCAGAAUGUACGUCAGAAGAGGCAAUCAAAGCUACAAAAGGAAAAUGUAUAUUUAGUAGUGGAUCACCUUUUCCUCCGGUAAAAUACAAUGGUAAAACUUAUCAUACAAGUCAAGUUAAUAACUCCUAUAUAUUCCCUGGAAUUGGUUUAGGAAUUCUUUGUACAGGAAUGUUAAAUGUACCCGAUAGAAUAUUUUUAAUUGCUUCUAAGACAGUUGCAAGUUUAGUCACGGAACAGAUGUUGGAACAAGGAACUAUAUUACCUCCUAUCUCAGAAAUACGCGAUUGUUCAGUAAAAAUUGCCGAAUGUAUUAUGGAGUUUGCUUAUAAAAACGGACUGGCAACUAGUUUACCAGAACCUAAGGAUUAUGCCGCUGCCAUAGUCAAAGAACAAUACAAUUUAAAGUAUCCAUAUUAUGGAGCAGCAAUCUAUGACAUACCAUAUAAAGUUGUUUCGUCAGAUGUAAGUGAUGAAGAAAAAGAACUGUACACAAAAAAACCUAAACCUAAGGAAGUACUCAUGGAAGAAGAUAAAGAUCUCAAACAAUCUCAAUCAAUUUUGGAAAGAAAACCUGUAGUUUCAAAGGGAUCUACAAAAAAAUAA